CCCACUUUCUCCCCAUCCAACCUCAUUCUCUCAGUCUCCUUCCGCGAUCCCACAAUACCCUCACACCGGAGCGCGCUGUGUGUGUGUGUGUGUGUGUGUAAAUAUUAGUGGGGUUUGUUUUUUUAUCAUUGGAUUUCGGGGUGACUUGGGAGUCGCUGGAGAUGGAUUAAAGGGACGGUGCACCGCAAAACUGGAGCAGCACGCACGACCACGCCGGGGGGUAAGGGGGCGACGGGACUCGGUGAAUUCACGGAGCCCCCGGGACAGAGGCUGUGACUGGUCCCACCCCAAAAUGACAUCCCCCAAAAACAAAGCCAAGAAGAAACCACCCAAAGACAGCAUGACGCUGCUGCCAUGCUUUUAUUUCGUAGAGCUCCCCAUCGUCCUGUCCUCCUUGGUGUCCCUGUACUUCCUGGAGCUGACAGAUGUGCUGUCCCCAGCAAUGGUGGGCUUCCGUUGCCAUGACCGCGACCUCUCCAUGCCCUACGUAGAGACGGGCGAUGAGCUCAUACCACUGUUGAUGCUCCUGAGUUUGGCCUUCGCUGGUCCUGCAGCGUCCAUAAUGAUGGGGGAGGGACUGAUGUACUGCAUGCAGUCCAAGCUGAAGACUUGUCCUAAGUCAGAGAGCAGCAUUAAUGCUGGAGGCUGCAGCUUCAACUCCUUCCUACGCAGAACUGUGCGCUUUGUCGGUGUUCAUGUAUUCGGUCUCCUGGCAACAGCCUUGGUGACAGAUGUCAUCCAGUUAGCUACUGGUUACCACACCCCUUUCUUCCUCACCGUCUGCCAGCCCAAUUACACGGCCCCAGGAGUGUCAUGUGACAAUAAUGCCUACAUCACACAGGACAUCUGCAUGGGGAAAGACCAGUAUGCUAUCAUGUCAGCUAGGAAAACCUUUCCAUCCCAGCAUGCAACACUAUCUGGCUUCGCUGCUGUCUAUAUUUCCAUGUAUUUCAAUGCCAGCAUCAGCAGCACGACCAAACUGCUGAAGCCGCUCCUGGUCUUCGCUUUCUGCAUGGCGGCGGGCCUUGCUGGUCUGACGCAGAUAACUCAGCACCGCAGUCACCCAAUAGAUGUCUACGUGGGGUACCUCAUAGGGGCCGGCAUCGGAGUCUACCUGGCUGUGUAUGCAGUGGGAAACUUCAAAGCAUCAGAGGAGGAUGCUCCAUCCUCACAGAGACUGACCCCAGCGCAGCAGAAGGACAGCCUGAGAGUGCUGAGCCAGCGGAGUCAUGACUCCCUGUACAGGAAAACUCCAAGGGUGUCCGAGAGCAGAGAGGAACUGGGGGCAGGGCUGGGAUCUGGGGCCCGUAGUAAGGUGAGGAGGGAGAAGGCGUCCCUGGCCUCCCUAAAACGAGCAAGUGCUGAUGUGGAGCUCCUGGCAACCCGGGGUCCCAUGGGCAAGGAAACCAUGGUAACCUUCAGCAACACAUUGCCCCGAGUUGCAAAUGGCAAUAGCCCCAUCUCGCCCUCAGAGGAGCCGGUCACCACGCAGCGCCACAUGACCUUCCACGUGCCCUUCGACCCCCAGAGGUCUCGACAGCUGGUGUCGGAGUGGAAGCAGCGCUCACUGGAGCUCCGCAGCCAGAGCUCACGAGAUGAUGAGGAGGGAACGGACGGAAGAGACGGAGGAGAUGAAGGUGGAGGAGAGGAAGCAGCAGGAGAAGGAGGAGACCAGGGGAUGCCUUCCUCUCUUUAUCCCACAGUGCAAGCCAACAAGGGCACUGCCACACCAACUGGAGCCAGGAUGGCGGUGGCACCCCCGCUAGUUCACAUCCCCGAGGAGGCGUCUCGGCCACCGCCCGUCUCCCCGAAGAGCGCUAAAACCCGUGCCAAGUGGCUGUCACUCACAGAAGGAGGAGGAGGUAAAGAGCCGGGAACGGGGCCCAUAGCGGUGUCAACUCCACGCGUGCCCAACACGCAGCCCAACCAGCUGCCAAGCCAGCAAAGAGUCACUCAGGUGAUAGCUAUGUCAAAGCAGCAGGGUCAUGGCCCCAUCACCUCGUCCACUAAGACAUCAGAGGGUGGCUCCUCCUCCGGUGGUGGGUCCAACUGCUCCGAGUCACCCUACUACCGGAUCCCGUCCGAUCGAGACAGCUGCACUGGGAGCAACCCGGGAAGCAUCGCCGGAAGUGGAAGCAUCGUCACCAUCGACGCUCACGCCCCCCACCAUCCAGUGGUGCGCGUGUCUGCCAGUAACGGCAAGCCAUGGGAGUGGAGAAACACCAUCAGCGGCAAUAUGAUGAGCGCUGACACAGCAGGAGACAAACACCGCGCAGCACUGCAGCGACAGGACAAUGUCAGCCACUACCGGGAUUACCGGACACUCCCAGUGAAAACGGACUCGCUCGGCUCCUCCUCGGCUAGCGGCAGCGCCGAGGGAGGAGGGGAGCUUCCUCCCCCGCCACUCCCCACCUCCUCCUCCCCUCUGCCUCCUCCACCUCAGCUGUUGUCAUCCCCUCUCCCACCGCCACCACCUCACUCGUCCUCCUCCCCCCUGCCUCCCCCUCCACACCCGAGCUCCUCUCCAAUGCCUCCUCCUCUCCCUCACCCUGCCUCUUCUCACAUGCCUCUGCCUCCUCACCCGUCCUCCCAGAUGUCCCCACCACCCCUCCCAUCAUCCUCUCAAAUGCCCCCACCUCCCCACCCAUCCUCCACCCACAUGUCCCCACCUCCUCACCCAACCACCUGCCACAUGCCCCCACCUCCCCACCCGUCUAGCUGUCAAAUGCCCCCACCUCCUCACCCAUCCUCUUCCCCCCUGCCUCCACCACCUCACCCCUCCAUGCUGCCGCCUCCUCACCCAUCCUGCUCCAGCAUGCUCCCCCCUCCUCCCCACCCUGAUUUACUGAUGGACGGCCACAGUCAGACGCUGUCCCGCUCCUCCACCCUGCCUCGCCGGCCUUCCGUCUCCGCCCGCAGCCAUGCUGAGCAGGAGCACUAUUACAAGGCCAUGCAGAACGAGAGGAUGUUAUAGUAAAGGGGCCACAGACAUCAUUGCCAUAUCAAUGAUUGUACUUCAGAGGACUCAGCUGAAAGAGACAGUGAAACAAAGUAGGUUGUGGCAGGUGAACAGGGAUUUUUUGACUUUUGAAAUAUGACAAAAAGGUUUAGAGACACUGAUUCCGGAACAGCAGCUUCAGUCAAAACACUGGAAAUGAGGAGACAGCAGGGGUGGAAGACUAUGGGGAGAUCUGGCAGCUCACACACUCAGCAGGAGAUCUGGUUUUUCCCUGCUCACGCGAACUGCCCACAGCGCCGGCUCAACGGCCAUGAGGGAAAGAAUGGGGACAAGAGAAGAAAGGGGAGUCAAAGAGAGCAGGGUGAAGAAUUAAAAUCCCUGGUUCACCUCUAGUUUUAGCACGCACAUCCUCCACAUUCCUUUUAAGACACAUUCAAAGAAGGAAGGGAAGAGGCUGCAGCUGAGAGAGAGAUCACAAUGAACGGUCUGGGAUUUGCUAAAUCAAGUUUCCCUUGAGAGGGGGGAUAAGACUGAGAAAACAAAACAACUACAGGCAAUACUAGCUCUCCUUAAACUGUGCAGCUGUUUGAGAAUGCCAACCAUUACACACAGAGAAUUUGUUCUUGUACCAGCUGAAAAACGCAUUCUACAAAGCACCCAAAAGCUAUGAAUAAGGAAAGAGGACAGCAAGUUCAAGUUCAACUACAGGUUCAAGAGCAUUAACAACAACCAACAAAAGCAUGAGAGUCUUUUUACCCUUCUGAAUAAACACACCAAAUGAGGAAUUUUAUGUUUGAUGCCAAGCAAAUCUAUAAGUAUCCACCAGAAAGAGCCAGCUUAGGAAGCAUUGCCUCUGGAUGGGGUGUGAGAAGGAGGAAGGUUGGAUAGAAGGAGGAUCACGCACAGUUGGGCACCCCUAUACAGACGUCACUGAAUGGAUUACUGUUGUAAACAUGAGAGGCGGUGGAAUGGGAAGAGAAUUCUUUCUAAAGUGAAAGAGAGGGUGGCUGGGCCGCACGGUGAAGCAAGCCAGGCAGCCAGUCUGUCUUUGCUGUGUGCGAAACCUGCCACAGAGCCUGAAGCAGCGCUAAGGAGAUUAGCGUUUGUUUAUCAAACCAUGCUAGCACACUCUUCCCUCUUUUCGCAUUUGGCCCUUUGGCGAAUCACAAUGGCAUUGGGAAUGUUAAUGGAGAGCUGCCCAGUCAUCACCACCAACAUGCACAUUCUCUUAAGCAGGUGGUGUUGGAUGUGGCUAACUGGCUUUUGUUGCUACCAGUUGGUUUAUAUCUGUUAGCAUUUAGCACCAGUUAGCAAGAUUUUGGUACCACUUUCUAACAACAUGUACUGUAUAAGGGGUUUUCAAAGUUGUUGAUUUGGUUAUGAUCAUUUAUAGAGUAGAACUUUUGGAUUGUCAAGUUGUGUCAGGUUGUUAAUACUCUUCAUUGGUAUACAUCCAUCUAUUUUUAUGUAGGUAUUUAAUUUAUCAGGAAGAGUUCUUUAGGGAAGUUAGUAAUACUUAGUAUAAUUAGUAUAAUUAUAGUUCUCUGCCCACUGAUCCUUCGCUGGGUCACAGGGGACUGCCAGUCAUCACAGAGCAACGCUUUAUUAAGUAUGUCUUAUUAGAAAGUGGUUCUUCAUUUGUCACAUGAAAUAAAUUAAAGAUUUGUUCAACAAAAGACAGUGUUAAAAAAAUGUCAACACACAGUUGGGCUGGGCGAUAAAACGAUAACGAUAUAUAUCGCGAAAUAACUUAAUAACAUGAUCGAUACAAUGUCGAUAGAACUCGUUCCACCUAUGUUUUGACAGACGGAAUACGAAAAAUCACUGCUAAUGAGAAUGACGCCGUGCCGAACCAAUCAUGUGGCUGGAACAGAGUUAGAGGCACUUCAGUUUGGUUGACGUUCACAGCACAGAGCGCAUUGGUAGGCACAGUGCUAAUAUUUAUAGCACUGUUACAGAUUCUGCAGCCGUGCGCAGCAGUCCGGUUGGAGUACGAGCGAGGUAAAAGAGAAAAUGACAACAAAAAAUGUUAACGAAAACUCGAGCGACAGCGUUACUGAAGAAGACGCCCCAACGGACACAGGCCCGAAAGACAGGAAGAAUGACAGGUACAAAGAGCCGGCAGAGACAGACACAGCUGAUAAAAACUCAAAUAUAAUCUGACUUAACGUUGGCUAGUUAAUUCUACCAUUUGCUCACUUCGUCUCAUCUUUCUCAGACAUUAAGUUGGCGUCUUGGUCAUAGCUCAGUCAUCUCAGCCGCUCUUAAGUCGUCAUAGCACCGGUAGUUUCUGCUUUAGCUAUGUACAUUCUCGCGACUAGCAUACAGCUCUUACCUGAGACGGAGCGGGGAGUAUCGGAGCGGGUCACGCUGCCUGCCUCACGCUGUCGCUCUGCCCUCUGUUUUUGUCAACUAUUUAACAAUGCAGUUAGUUCUGUGAUUUGGUCAUUUUAAGAGCAGAUGUGGCUGUAAGUUCGCAGCCUGUCGCUCUGUUGCUCCUACAGCGCUCUGUGUAUGAACUGUGAGGCAGCUUUAAAACACAUCUCGUCUACUGACAUUCUGUGAGUUGAAUCUGGGUCUUCCCGACUGGUGCAUCAUAUAGCCCACAUUUGGGGAGCAGCCCUAAAAUUGACCUUAUGGUUUCUUCAUAUCUUACUUAUGGGUAAAAAGGAACCUUAAAGUUCGACAGAAUUAGUGAUUUGAUUUAUAUUGUGAUAUAUAUCGAUAUCACCGAUAUGAAAAAUCAUAUUGUGAUAUGAUUUUUUUCCCCCCAUAUCGCACAGCCCCAACACAGAGUUCACUUGCUUGUUUGCUUUGGAGCUUCCAGCUGCAUCUCAAGGUUUUCAUCAGCAGAUGCAGUUUGCUCAGUCCCCAUUGGAAAUGUAGAUUUUCUGGAGUUGAAACUGUUUUUCCAACUGCUGUUCUAAAAGACAAGAAUGGGAGAAAAAAAAGUAAAUUUUUCAGUUCAGUCAUUAUCUGAAAAUACUGGUGCUAAAUAGAUUAUUUGACAGGAAAUUAAACAACAAAUUUAGCCUCUCAAACAUGAUAAUUUGCUGCUUUCUCUGAAAAUUGUGAUGGUUAAUUUUCACUAUUUUCUUACAUUUUAAUCCAAACUGUAAAUGUUUAAUUAUGAAAUUAAUUUAAUGGUUCAUUUUAAUGAACUACUGCUAAUUAUCAGUAGUUGCAUACCCAACAAAUACACUUUAAACUGACUUCUCCAAGUUGAACUGAAAUGCGUGUUCUUCCUGCUUCCCUCGCCUCUUGUGUGUAUUUAUACUAUAUUGUAUAAAGUCAUUUUCUGGUAUCUAUCAAUUCAUACAUCCAAGUUUUUUCUAUCGGAAGGUAUUCCGUCCGAUGAUAAGUGCUUUAUUUUAGAUCAUAUUUUAAGGAAAGGAUACAGACUCACGAACACACAGAUGAAGAAUUUGGUUUCCCACCCAUAUGCAACAACAUCUGAGAGAUAUGUAAACCAAUUUUGUAAAGUUGUGCUAGGAAGAGGUUGCGUUAAAUGGAACAAGUUGUAUUUUGUAGUGGAGUUCCUCAGACGAGGAGCUGGUAGAUAAUGUUGCUUGUUAGUUUGUGCUGCAUGUGUGUACGAGCGUGUGUUUUUUAAUAACUUUAUUCUGUGCUUCAAGUCUGCGUCGUUACCUUUGACAGACAGACAUGCUGCAUUUUUCAGUGCUGGUGAUUAUCGUACUAUUUCCCCCAUUUUAACUGUAAAAAUACUUGAUAUUACCUAAUAUUAUUAAUACUAUUAUUAUUCUGCAGUCCUUUUUAUGGGCUAAUGUUUUUUUAUCUGUGGUGAUGUGUAAUAUUAAUAACCUUAUUGAAUUAAAAGAAAUGAAGACUUCUUAA